UACUUUGAGAUCAACUUUUCUUCGAUUCGUGCAAUUGGAGUGUGAAAACCCAGCGAAACCUAGACGAAGAACUGGAGUUUAGCAUCUCCGAUAAUGGCCAGUAAUAGGGAUAGCGUUAGUCUCUCGCGCAGGUUCAAGUACUUACUAGGUACCCAGUUUAUUUCCAGAGGCAUCUCCUUCACAGUCAAUUCCUGGAUCGUGAGGCAUCUAACGGAAGAAGACUAUGCGCUCUACGCCGUCCAGUUCCAUCUUUUUGUUACCUGUGUCUUGUUUCUCAGCCGGGAGGGAUUUCGGCGCGCUUGCUUGCGGGCUAACAUCAAAAGUAGUGGUGAUGUGACUAGGUUAUUGAAAGUGGCGUGGUUGACAUUUCCACUCGGAAUAGCCAUUACUAUUGCAGCAUGCAUCUUUGUGUUAUGGUGGCAGAACCUUAGUUACUCCGACACAUAUGCACAGGCUAUCCUGAUAUUCGGAUCUGCAUGUGUACUGGAGCUAAUGGCUGAGCCUUUGUAUAUCCUCUCGCAGACAUUGAUGCAUCUACAAUUGCGGCUGAUUGUUGAGACUGUUGCUACAGUUUCACGUUGUGUAGUUUUGUGCUCUCUCAUAGUCAUGCAAACCAACAUGGAAAAAGGGAUAAUCUUUGCACUGUCCCAAGUUGCAUAUGGAGGUUCCUUAUUUCUUGGGUACUGGGCUUAUUUUCUCUUUUGUGGUGUUUUCAAAAGUUCAGAUCUCUUUCCUUUCAGACCCGGGACCUUCAUGGAUUUCGAUGAGCAGCUCUCGAACAUGUGUAUGCUAUUUACUUUUCAGUCCUUCCGAAAGUUGAUUCUCCAAGAAGGAAGUUUAGUUGUACGCAUGGUGUUUCUUCCUUUUGAAGAAAGUACAUACACUACAUUUGCCAGUUUCGCAUCAGAUGAUGAUUACCAGGAUAAGAGCAGGAAACUUGGAAUUUGUCUGACCGAGGCCUUAAAGUUUGUAAUAUUAAUAGGUCUUACAUUUAUGGCAUUUGGCCCGAGUUAUUCGUACUCUUUUAUCAGAUUGUUGUAUGGUGAAAAAUGGAGCGAUGGAGAAGCUUCCUUGGCACUACAGUUUUAUUGUCUCUACAUCAUCGUCCUGGCCAUGAACGGAACCUCCGAAGCAUUUUUACAUGCAGUUGGAAAAGAGCAUCAACUAAAGCGCUCAAACAACAUGUUACUUGUAUUUUCAUUAAUCUACAUCAUAUUAAAUAUUCUGCUGAUAAGAUCUUUAGGAGCAAUAGGUUUAAUCUUGGCGAAUUCCUUGAAUAUGAUUCUCAGGAUCACCUGUUCAGGGCGAUUCAUCCAACAUUACUUCCAGGGCACUUCUUCAUUCUCAUUCCGAAAAUGCUUACCUUUAGGCUGGCAGGUUCUUAUCUUUUCGGGCAUAAUCACUCUCAUCUCAGAGAAAAUCUUUCUUAACCAUCAGAAUUUCCGGGAGACAUUUCCUCUCCAUUUCGCCAUCGGUUUCCUUUGCAUCUGUCUCUCAGCCAUUGUCAUAUACCGGUGUGAGAGACGGUUCAUCAAUAGAAUCAUACGUUUCAGGGACCACGAUCACGGUGACUGAGUCAAUAAACCAUUAAACCGGUGUAUGUCCUGGUUUAAGUAUAGUUAGGGAUCCUUUUUGUUAUAUUACUCGAAACGUAUAUAUGGUUAUGGAUACGUUUUCUGUUUUAGGAAGAGAGAGUUGAAACUUUUGUAUUACUGAAUACUGAAUUAAUGUUGUAAGUGUAACUCGUAAUGAAACUCUAUUUGCUCU